CGCAAUGUUCAGCGCCACGGCGCUCAGCUCCGUCGCGCUGCGCGGCGUCGAGGCGCCGGCCACCGGCGCGACGCUGCAAGCUGCCGAUGCAUCGCCCCGCGUUGCGCGCCUCGCGAUAUUGCUCGCCGCCAUCGCGCUGCCCUACGACCCGGAGCUGGCCCCAGACGUUCUGCCCCAGGGCAUGGCGCUCGUUUCGCCCCUCUUCCCACUCGCAGCCGCGGGGGCGCCGUCGCUGGGCACAGUCGAAGUGCUCGACGACAUGGCGCUCAGCACCGUCGCGCGGCACGGCGCCCGGGCGGUUCUGGACGCAUUGCUCGAAGUGGGGGCGCACGUUGCAAUGAUCGCCUUGCUCGCAAAUGCGAGGCUGCCGAUGCUGGGCCCCGUCUUUGCUCGCAACGUCACGAUGACAAGUCUCGCCGCGCUGCUCCGCGUCGAGUAUCCAGUGGCGCCGCGCAGCGUCGCGCUGCUCAGCUCCGUCGCGUUUCCCGGCGUCGAGGCGGGCGCGGCAUUCCGCGCGCUGCUCGCCCCGAUCGGAGUGAGGCUUCUGUCUGUGGAUCCCGCGGCGCUGCGCGUCGCGGUGGUUCCCGGUUCCGCAGUGCUGCGCUGCGCCCCACUGCUGGUCGCGCAGGCGCCACCGGUGGGCGCGCGGCUCGUAGCGCUGCUCGUCGCAAUCGUGCAUGCGACGCUGCUGGUGCCCGCGAGCGCGAGCCCUGGCGGGCUGGCCGUGGGCCUCGCUGCGCUGCUCGUCGCACUCAUGAAAUCGAAAGCGUCGGCGUCGGCCCCCGCGGCGCCGCUCGGCGCCGUGGCGCGCCGCCCUCUCGCGCCGCUUAGCGGCGAGGCGCCCGUGACACGCGCGCAGUUGGAAGGCGCGGUGGCGUCUGGCCCCGCCGCGCCGCCCGACUUCGCGGCACUCUCCGUCGCAUUGCUCAGAGUCGCGGCGCUGGUCGCAGACGGGCGGCUGAAGGACGCAACGGCCGACGCGCCGAUCGCGCCAGUCCGAGACGUGAGGCCGUUGAAGCUGCAUCCCGUCGCGCUCGACGUCGCAGUGCUCGACUGCGUCGUGCUACGCCUUGUCAGGAAGAUCCCCGGCGCGGCGCUCCAAGCCGCGAUGCUCGUUGCUCUGCUCGAUCCGGCGGUCAGCGACUUGCUGCUCGAAGUCGCGGCGCUCGUCGCCCUGCUUGUCUCCCCCGCCAGCGCGAGGCUGUCGGCGCUAGAUCCCGUCGCGCAGUCCAACGCCGCUGCGCUGAACUCAGUCGCGUUCCCUGGCGCCGAGGUUCGGGUCGCAGCGGUGCCGCCAGAGGACGCAUUGCUAGCUGGCCCGUUCGUUUCACUCGUGGGCGUGAGCCUACUGGGGCUGAAGUUCGUCGCGCUGCUCGACGUAGCAGUGCUCGCUUGCGUCGCGCUGCACGGUGUCUGA